AGAAGCGAUGCAGUUUCAUCAUCAUUGCUAUCGUAGCAACUGAGAAUCUUGCGAUCCGGACUGCUCUCCUACAAACUGUCAGCUCGGAGAAACACAUGGAUGAUCGACACUGGCUUAUUUGUUACAUGACUCACAAUUCCAAGCAAUAUCCUUAAGUAGGGUUUAGAGUACCGUUGGAGGGAUCAAAACUAAUUCCCGUUCAAGUCAUUGCUAAAAUUAGCUGAAGGUCACUCACCGCAAAGCACACGAGGAACGACUUUAAUUCAAGCCACUCUACCGGACACGUCUAUAAAUGCUUCACGCUUCUAACUGGAACCACGUUUUGUAUGUGCUGCUGUAUUUGAUUGCUUGAAUUAUCUCCUAUAAUUGAAUGAGAAAAGUCACCUUCAUGUAAGCAUGAUCGGACAAGAAAUUUGUGUUUGCUCUCGUACGUUCAAUAAAUAAAAUACGAUACGAUAAAUGCACAACAGUGCUAAAAGGUCCCAGUUCAAUAGCUUUAGAUAAUUAAGACUCCAGUCAUGGAAUUAGCUCUACGCAUGACUGCCUUGCUCAAAAACUUCGUUCGCUUUCGAGCUCACAGUGCUCUCAUUCUGCACUGCUUUUUUGCUUUGCGGCAAAAGUUGUGCAUUUAUUCAAACCUCUUGGUCAUGAGCGCGCUGCUAAACAGAAUGAAUUUGUGUUCUUCCUGGUUCAAUAAAUUGAAUAAAUAUCGAACAGCCACCGUAGGCAACCCGGUUUUCUAAAUAUAAAAUGAGUUCAGUGCUUGUAUCCAUAAGUCGUGUCC